UCCGCUCGUCUCUGUGACCGCUUCUCACCUGGGCCUGCCGCCGCCUUCGCCGCUGGGAGGGUGCAGGAGCUGUCACCUCUGCUCCGCCGAGUCGAAGGAGAGAAAAAGGCAUCGAGGAUGAUGACUAGAAGCCUGGGCUGCUAGAGACCUAUUAGUACCGUUGUCAGAGACUUGGAGCACUGUCUUUGUUGUGAUCCUUGCCGUUACGUGUCUGGAUAUCCUGUUGAACCCUUUUAAGAAUUCAGAGAAACUGCCAGGUGACCACCGAGAAAAGAUCUAAUCUUAAGGCUUACGCAUCUACCACACCAGAACCAUGUCCUACGUUUUUGUAAAUGAUUCUUCCCAGACCAAUGUGCCCUUGCUACAAGCCUGUAUUGACGGAGACUUUAACUAUUCCAAGAGGCUUUUGGAAAGUGGCUUUGACCCAAACAUUCGCGACAGCAGGGGCCGAACGGGCCUUCACCUUGCAGCGGCCCGCGGGAACGUGGACAUCUGCCAGCUGCUGCAUAAGUUCGGUGCUGACCUUCUGGCCACAGACUACCAAGGGAACACAGCCCUUCAUCUCUGCGGUCAUGUGGAUACUAUUCAAUUCCUAGUUUCCAAUGGACUCAAAAUUGAUAUUUGCAAUCAUCAAGGUGCUACACCCUUAGUUCUGGCAAAGCGCAGAGGCGUGAAUAAAGAUGUCAUCCGAUUGCUGGAAUCUUUGGAAGAACAGGAAGUAAAAGGAUUUAACAGAGGAACCCACUCAAAACUGGAGACCAUGCAGACAGCUGAGAGUGAAAGCGCCAUGGAAAGCCAUUCUCUCCUCAACCCCAACCUGCAGCAAGGCGAAGGGGUCCUGUCCAGCUUCCGAACCACGUGGCAGGAGUUUGUAGAGGACCUGGGCUUCUGGAGGGUUUUGCUCUUGAUCUUCGUCAUUGCUCUGCUGUCUCUCGGCAUUGCCUACUAUGUGAGUGGGGUGCUGCCUUUCGUGGAAAACCAGCCUGAACUGGUGCAUUAAAGGAGCUCAUAGAAGAGGAGGCACAUGCCUGUUCUGGCUUCCAGUGUUUCUCAGUUUCUCAAGCUUGUUUUCGUGCAAGGCAGUGAGGGCUGUACAUGUUUUUCUUUUUGCAGUUUUAUAUAGUGUAAUCCUUUUAGAAUGACGUGUUCAUCUGAACUAACUACUUAGCGUAGUCAAGUAUAUCGCAUCCCAAAGCUACCUCUAACUCCACGUGACUUCUUAGCAACACAUAGCCUUGUUUGAUAAAAACAUGGAAGUGACUAAAGAAAGGAAGAUAAAGGAAACCCUUACUAUAGAAACCUUACCCUCAUACAGGACCAGCUAAAGUGAAGUGUUCAAAAAGAAAUUUUAGGUUUUCUUUUAUGAUUGGUUUUGAUUGGUGAUUUUGUUUUGUUCUUGUUUAUUUUUGCAAGAGCCUUUUUUUAUUUACAGUCUCUGAGAAUAGACAAGAGAAUGAAACAUUCAGUUUAAAACUUGAAGUGCUUUUUUCAAAUCCUGCAUAGUAAAUCAGUAUUGUUGGAAUCUCUUUGGUUUAUUUUAACGCUUUCAAAUCUAGUCACAAACCAAGUAGAACUUUUGAAAGUGAGCUAUAUUUUAUUCAAAAAUGAUAGGUUUGAUCUUAUAUUUAUUUGUUUUAGAGUAAUUUUUUGUAAACUGCUUUACUUAUUAAUAUCUAUAAGAAAUGAAGAGUUCAUUUUGUUCACUUUUCAAUUUCCCUUAGUGUUUUUUUCAAGGAUGGUCUGUUCAUUAAAUAUAUAGUCAGAAAGCUUUUUCUAUUCACUAGUUGGCAGGAGAAAUAAUUCUGCUAUGUAACUGUCACUGUAGUUUUAUAAUGCUGUUAUCAUGGUGAAAGGUUCACUUUUACACCCUUGCCGUGUUGUCACAAUUGUGUCAUAGUUCAUGGUUAUUUCUCUGACGUGCAACCCUGUCAGAGUCCCUGUAGGAUCAUCACUGUUUCACCCAUGUCAGUUAUUGUCUGGUAGCAAGACGGACGGAGUAUUUCUGAGUUAAUAGUGCUGAACACAAUUGUGCUGGGUGUCAUAAGUGCUUUAUGAAUGGUUAUGUUAUUUAAAUUGAAAUCUGGCCACCAAACUGUAUUGCAGCAUUCAGCAAUAUGUUUGAAGGCCUCUUUUGCUGAUGAUUCUGUUAUGUAUAAAUCAUCUUCUUAGGUUAUUGAAAAGGAGUAUUAAGACUUGAUAAUUAUUCAUUGGAAAUAGUCAGAAAACUAAUGAAAGAAUAGUAAUAUCUUUUAGAACAAAGACAUCUAAGCUACUGCUUAUCGAAUUGUUGCUAGAAUUAGAACUUACAGUUUAGAAUAGAAUUGGUAUUUCUGUGAUUCUUUUUGCUUCUUGUAAUUCUCUCUUUUGCAUUUUUACAUCUAGGACUGAGGUGGCUUUACCCUCUCUUAAACAGCUGUUUUAAAUUCCUGAUUUACCUUGCUGCUUCGAUAUCAGCUCACAGAGUCUUGCUUUUAGGUUAGACAUAAAAUAAAUCUUACUUGCUGUAAAUAUAGAAAAAACAGUGGAUUUUAGAAUGGAGAACACUACAAUACUAGAAAUCAAAGUAUAUUCAGAAUGGAAGCUGUGGAAUUAGCUUUACAUUUGGUUGUAAAUCUAAACAGAUAAGUAAAAUUGAUUAAACAUAUGUACAUAUUUUGCAUUUUUUAAGAUGUUUCCUUUUAGGUUCUCACUUCUUUGUAUCUGUUCUUUGUGUUCAGAAUUCAGAAACAGUACCAAUAAAUGUAUUUAUAAUCUCUUAAUCACAAUCCA